UUUACAAAUUGCUUUUAUUUAGUAUUCUUCGUUUGACUACAGCGGUGCUAUGUUGGUUUGAUUUGCGCUCGCUGUAUAAUUUUGUGUGUCAGUUGAACAGUUUUUUGUCGAAUAAAUUAAAACUAACGGCGUGUGAGAUAUAAGUACAACGAAGAAUAUGCAUUCUGAAUUGCAAACCAUCUUUGAAGAAUAGAACACAGUUUAUUAUUAUAUGUAAUAAGCUGGAAUAUAAUCGAUUAUUUGGCAACAACGAAUACCAAUUUAUCAAUUGUGUGAUAUUAUUCAUAUUGCCGAUACUGGGAAAUCUAUUCGUAAAUUAUGGGCGAAAAUCAACUUCUUAGCGAAUCAAACAGUUCCAAAGGACUUAUAGUUAUUACUUCUAACGGAAUUACUAAUGAUAGUGACGCACAUAUCAACAGAGUGGCUAUAAAACCAGCGCUAUCCGCGGAACACAUUGCAGCACCCUGUUGUCGAGACAUUCACGGGAAUGAACCCCCAGAUGGCGGUAUGCGAGCGUGGCUAGUUAUGACUAGUGCCUUUAUAUGUAAUGGAGUUAUAUUUGGAAUAAUUAAUACAUAUGGGAUCUUAUAUUCCUUGUUGACGGAUCGACUUACCCAGGCGGGCGACAAUGAAGCUUCUAGCAAAGCUGCUUUGGUUGGCUCAUUGACCAUUGGUACCACCUUUUUAUUCUCACCAGUUGCAGGUGUCUUGACAGACAAAAUUGGAUUACGAUUGACAACAUUAAUUGGUGGCUUACUCUCCGCCACAGGUUUACUCCUCUCAUCAUUCUUUACGUUAAACAUCCACGCUAUGUAUUUGACGUAUGGUGUUAUGUUUGGUCUGGGUGCCGCAUUGGCCUACACUCCAACAUUGGCAAUUUUGGGGCAUUAUUUUAAACGAUAUUUAGGAAAAGUAAGUGGAUUUGUUACAGCCGGCUCCAGUGUAUUCACAGUAAUAUUACCGUCAAGCUUGGACUAUUUGUUACGAGAUUAUGGUUUGGAAACUAUGCUGCAAGUUAUGAGUUUGGUGUCAUGCUUCAUAAUUGCUUGUUCCUUCGUUUAUAAACCUUUACAUCCUCCGCCAUGUCCGCCGCAAAAAAAGCCUGGUCGUUCACGCAUUAAUAUGAUUAUUCGCUCCAUUAUCAACGUAGACAUCUGGAAACGCAAGAAAUAUGUGAUAUGGGCGCUUUGUGUCCCCAUAGCUUUGUUCGGCUAUUUUGUGCCCUAUGUGCAUAUGAUGAAGUUCGUGCAGRAAACUUUUCCUGGAAAAAGCAAAAAUCUGCCUGUGAUGUGUAUUGGCGUUACAUCCGGCAUAGGCCGAUUGAUAUUCGGAAUUAUUGCCGAUCUGCCGAGAGUUAACCGUAUAUAUUUGCAACAGUUAUCGUUAGCGUGCAUUGGUGUGAUAACGUUAUUGUUGCCAUUAACCAGCUCAUAUGUAUUACUAAUUGCUUUCACAUUAAUAAUGGGUUUAUUUGAUGGCUGCUUUAUUUCUCUUCUAGGUCCCAUAGCGUAUGAGUUAUGUGGACCUUCUGGUGCAACGCAAGCCAUUGGCUUUUUAUUAGGACUAAGUUCGUUUCCUUUAACAAUGGGACCACCCAUUGCAGGGUGGAUCUAUGAUCAAACCGGCUCAUAUACUUUGCCCCUUCUUUUGGCUGGAAUACCGCCCAUAUUGGGUUCAACAAUUAUGUUCCUAAUACGAUGUGUUCCGAAUGACAGUGAUUAUGAAGCGAAUGUGUUAAGCAAGCCGAAAGCAGAGAAUGGAAUGAUACUAAACGCCAAUUGGAAAAAUGCAGAGCAAAAUUUCAAUGCGCCGUUGUUGAGAGGAUCUGAGGAAACAAAAUGUGCUGACAGGAGAUGCGUAUUGGCAGACUCUAUUCGCAAAACGAAUUCCUCUGAGUCAGGUAUUAGUCGAUAUUUUAUGGCCGGUAAACUUUCGGUAACUUUAGAAAAACGUAGAAUUAUAACUGCUUGUGUUCAUGAUGCUCCCAGUAGUGAAAUAACUAGUCAUCACAUUUGCUCAAAAACUGCUUUGCUUGAUACGCGUUGCAUGUCAAUAUCGGUUGCGGAUGACGAAGACUUGACAACUGACGAAGCUUGUUCAUCAACAGUCGAGCGCUCUUACGAGUACGUCACGCAAAAACGCCGUUAUGCAUAUUCGAUUUAUUAACUUUUGUAUAUUCAUUUAUAUAUGUAUGUAUGCA